AUGACAUCAACACACACUCACACUCACACUCACACUCCCUAAUUAACAAAUUUAUCGAUAUCUAAGGGGUGGGUCCCGUCCGUUACUAGGUCUUCAUCCUUAUCCGCCACCUCCUCUGUCCCCCUCCAAUUUUCAACCCACCCCCACACUUACCUUCUUUUAAUUUUCCACCUAUGUUAAAUAGUUUCACCACUAAAUUAAUUAAUUUAGGUUUUUUUCUCGGUAAAAAUGACACUUGGAAGCACCAGAAAACCCCACCUGGGAACUGUAAUUACCUCACGGGAAAGAGGAUAUUUUUAAGCCUCAACUUCUAUAUAAACAACCCCACACAAAGGCAAAAAAUUACGCUACGCAGAUAGUUAACCCAGAGAGAGAGAGAGAGAGAGAAAGAGAGAUCCAGGGAAAAAGGUGAGGAUGGUGUUGCUAGAGAAGCUUUGGGACGACGUUCUGGCCGGACCUCAACCUGACCGAGGCCUCGGCAGGCUCCGGAAGAUCACCACCAAGCCCCUCUCCUUCAAAGAUGCUAUGGACGUGGGAGAAAGCAGCAAGUAUCAGAGGUCAAUGUCCAUGCCUGCUACUCCCACGACGCCAUCAACGCCGUCAUCGGCGUCAUCACCGGCAGCACAAAAGGACAACGUGUGGAGGAGCGUCUUCAACCCCGGCAGCAACCUCGCCACCAAAAAUAUUGGCGCUCAUGUCUUCGACAAACCUCAUCACCCCAACUCUCCCACCGUUUAUGACUGGCUUUACAGUGGGGAGACCAAGAGUCAACACCGCUGAGUGGUACUCCGAUUGUUUGCUGAUCUCGAGAUGAGGAAUCUGGUGCAUGUACAUAGUCUCUUUUUUUUUUUUGUUCUUUUCGGUGUAUGCAACGUGUCCUUGUUUUGUGAUUACGUGUCCGAGUCCCGACUCAGCGAGUAAGAUAUUUUUUUUUUUCUUUUUAUGUUUUUCUGUUUUUUGAGUUUUAAGUUAUGUAAGGUGUGUGACGGUGCACGGUCGAUGAGGCUACUCACUGUACGAUAGGCCGUGGACGGCGAUGAUGAGCUCCGCUUUAUUAAUAUUUUUAUAGUAAUUAAAUAAAUUAGUGCUUUUUAUUUGUA